CUUGUCGCGAUAUUCCAUCUUUGAAGGUCGAGACUGAGCAGUAGCGUCCGGUAACAUCACAAGCUGUAACAUUACUUGGCUAACGUGUGUAUUUUUCAUAGACAUUACACCGCCCGUGUUCAUUCUCUGAACGGCUCGGCCUGGUUGAGUAAUCCCCGGAGAAGAAACGCACGACCCGGGCUCUCAGUUUAAAUCCUCCUCAAGCUGUCGAGCAUUCAUUUUCAGGGAAGUUGUCCCGGGUCAAACUAGCAACUUGGAAGCUGGUGUGGCACAAAAUAGAUCACGCAGCUUCUUGUAGACACCACAGUCCGUUUCUUUCCUCUUCCAUCUCUAGUCUAGCGGGUCCGCAGACGUUAACGGUUGCAGGGACGAUGGUUUUACUGAAAAACCUCCGUCCUCCUACCGAGGGAGUUCGGCAUGAGCAAGCUGACACCACAGCGGUGCUUGACGGCCAGAAGCUGGGCUGCGGCACGCUGUACGUCGCCGAAACGCGCCUGUCGUGGUUUGACGGCUCAGGGAUGGGUUUCGCCUUGGAAUAUCCCAACAUCGGUCUGCAUGCCAUUUCCAGAGACGUCAGCGCUUACCCUCAAGAACACCUCUAUGUCAUGGUCAAUGGCAAACUCAAAGGUGAUAAUGAGGCAGAAAUGGCAGAGAAAGCAGCUGAUGACGAAGGAGAUGACAGCAGUGACAGCAGCGAUGGGGAUGAUGAUGAAGAUGGACCAAUCACAGAGAUUCGGUUUGUGCCCAGCGACAAGGUGGCAUUGGAGUCCAUGUUCUCAGCAAUGUGUGAAUGCCAGGCGCUGCACCCUGACCCAGAAGACGACGACUCUGACAAUGACUUUGAAGGAGAAGAGUACGACGUAGAGGAGGCUGAGGCAGAGCACGGCCAUGCUGACAUCCCGACGUUUUACACCUGUGAUGAGGGUCUGUCGGCACUCACGCAGGAGGGCCAGGCUACGCUGGAGAGGCUGGAGGGGAUGUUAGCCCAGUCAGUCGCUCAGCAGUACCACAUGGCUGGGGUCCGAACCGAAGAAACCAACGCUGAAUUUGAAGAUGGUAUGGAGGUGGAUACAACAGCGACGGAGGCUGGUCAGUUUGAGGACGCAGACGUCGAUCACUGAUGGGAGUAAUCUCAGCAGCCAAUCAAAGCACCAGUGUUGCGUCAUAGGAUUGGAGAAGAGGACAGCAGCACUUCUUUAAGGCUCUCAGCUCUGACUUAUACUCUCUUGUCAAACAAAAGAAUGUUCCCAUGUAAGUCAUCUCACUAGGCUUUUGUAACUUUCUACAUUUUCUCUUAUGUGCUGCAUUGAAGCUCACUGUUGUAUUGUUUUGUUGUUUUUCUGCUUACCAUCAUCUCUACUAAUUUGUCCAAGUCGUAUGAAUAAAGUGUGUUGUACACAGCAAAGUCAGCUACUGUAGACUAUUGAGAUGCAGCCGCAAAUACCCAGAUGCUGUUGUUGACUCAAAACAAAAAAAAAUACUGAGUUUCUGUUUGUACCUAAUGACCAAUUUAAUAUCUGAUUUUCCUGCCAAGGAGAAGAAAUGUCUUUGUAUGAAGUUGUCAAUAAAUGCAUAGUUUUUGUAUGA